UUGCAUAUCCUGUUUCUGGGACUCACCAGUCGCGGCUAUCGCGAGAGGAGGCUCCGCGCUAACCGACAUAAAUGCUGGCCCACCGGGAUAAACAUAAAAACAAGCCAAGUUGAAUUGAAAUGAACUCACGACUCGCAUAUUAGAAUUGGCGCGCUGUGUUUAAGACAGAGUGAAAGACAGAUAUCCAAUCAUGGAAGGGUUUGUCGGAGACCUACUCGGCGAGGACAGUUCAGUGAUGGCACGCAUGCAGAAGAAGUUCUGGAAGACCAAGCAAGUGCUCAUCAAAGCCACUGGUAAAAAAGAGGACGAGUAUGUGGUGGCCUCAGAUGCUGACCUGGACGCAAAGCUGGAGUUCUUUCGUUCAGUUCAGUCGACCUGCACCGAGUUGCUGAAAGUGAUUGAAAAGUACCAGCAUAGAAUCACACGUUUGUCCCAGGAGGAAAAUGAGCUUGGCCUGUUUUUGCACUUCCAAGCCAAACGAGACCGGACUAAGGCUGGAAACAUGAUGGAGGCCACCAGCAAAGCCCUGUGCACAUCUGCCAAGAAGAGGAUGGUGCUCAACCCACCGCUGCACCGUUUACACCAGGAAGUUGAGACAUUCAGACAGCGAGCCAUCGCUGAUACGCUCCUGACGGUCAGCCGCAUGGAGAAAGCUCGCACAGAAUACAGAGGAGCACUGCUCUGGAUGAAGGACAUCUCUCAAGAACUUGAUCCAGACACUUAUAAACAACUGGAAAAGUUCCGUAAGGUUCAAGGCCAGGUGAGGGCGACAAAGAGCCUGUUUGAGAAGCUAAAGAACGACGUGUGCCAAAAGGUGGACAUGCUGGGUGCCAGCCGCUGCAACAUGCUGUCACACUCACUCUGCAACUACCAGUCCACCCUGCUGCAGUUUUGGGAGAAGACGGCUCAUGCUUUGUCAGACAUCCAUGACACCUUCCAGGGACACACACCCUACCAGUUCAACACACUCAAGGACCUGCGGGACCCACUGGAGCAAAUGACGGACGCACAACAAAAAGAGGAUAAGGAGAAAGUUCUGCCGAGCAACACAGACAGUCUGGUGUGCUUGGAUGACGAAGCACCACAGAGUGUUGCUGAUGCUGACACAGGUGUUCGGCUGGACUCGACUGGGCCGACAGCAGAGGAUGAAGAAGGUGACCGGGGCGACAUGGCCUUCUUCAAAGACCUGCUCAGCCCCACUCCCGGGGCAACGGACGACUUCAGCAAAGAGUGGCAGGAUGCUUUCGGGCUCUUUGAGGCUCCCGCCUCAGUCCCUGCAGACGCAGACGUUCCGGCCCAGACCGCCCACCCUCCCCCUUGUGCCUCCCCCGGCCCUGCGGGCUUCCUGCCUUCCCAGCUGCUGGACCACAGUCUGAGUUCCACAGGCUGGUCGACGCCGCCCAUGUUCCAAGCUCCGCCCCUUCAGCCUCCCGCUGCUCCCAACCUAUCAACUUCUUCGGCUCCAGCAGCCAAAGAAUCUGCAGGUGCGUCCAGAGACAUGUCCGCUUGGUUCAACCUGUUUGCAGACUUGGACCCGCUCUCCAACCCCGACGCCAUCGGACGCUCUGCGGACGAGCUGCUCAACGCCUGAACCUGUUUGUCUCUACCUCUGAGUUGAAGGUUUAAGGCACACACAGGAAAUGACUGUCAGCACUGCACACAACACCGCUGACUCCUUUGUUUCGUUCAUUAAUCUGCAGGACGAUGCCUAAAUCAGUCAUCAUUACAUUUUAGAGCGUUUCUUUUAUUCAUUGCAACAUUUUUUUUUUUUUUUUAGGAUCCAUAUGCAGGGUCUUACAGGGUCACUAAGUUUUUAAGGUUGCAGAAUUUCAAAGGGUUGUUUUGUUGCUGGCGCACAUUCAAAAAAAGGUGUAAAAUACUGUAUUGUGAAUUGAAUACCCACGAUAAACAUGUAUGAUGUUUUCUGAUACUUGACAUAUUCUGCAUUAUUUUUCUCCCUAGUUACAGAAACCAAGAAAACACUUUUAAAGGUAAUAUCAACAAACUGUACAAUACUAUAGACACUAAAUAUGAUUUGUACAACUGUUUAUUCUUAAUGAAUGUAUUUGUCUAAUCUCAAUCAGCUUUUUUUGUGUGUAUUUUAAUUAACUCAAGGACUGACAAAUGUAAAUGUGGGGAUCGGCUAACAAUAAACUGGACAAUGAAAGUUUA